UUGAACUAUAAAACAAGAAAACAGCAAUAGUUAGUAAAUUUAACUAUUGGAAACUCCUAGAAAACUAUUGGAAAUUCCUAGAGAAUUCAUUACAAUGUUUAAAGUUUUGUGCUUAGCCGUGCUUUUUGUGUUUGUUGCGACCAGAUCAACCAGUAGCAAGUCUAAAAGUUUAAGAGUUAGCUCUAAAGAUUUAUUGCGUCGUGGAAGAGAUUUAGGCGAAACUGCAGGUACACAGCAUCCAUCUACAAGAAGUAGACAUCAUUCUGGCCAUCAAACUAGAGAAGUACGUGUAAUAACAGAUCAUACUCAUACAACAAAUGAACAUACGGGUACAGAUAGAAGUACUAGGCAACAUAUUACAAAUACAAAACGACAUUUCUCAGGAAGUCAUCAUUCUCGUCAUCAUACUACUGAAAAGCCUGGAACAAGUGAUCCGUAUAAAACCACGGAAAAACAUAGAGCAACUACAAAACAGCAUUUUGAAAAGACUAAACGUUACGCAAGUAUGGAAUGAUAUUUUAUACACAGAUUAUUAGUUUGCUUGUAAAUGAAUGAAACAUAAUAAUAAAUUAAAAGAAAAAAAUAAAGUUGAA